AUGACUACAACAGAGUACUUGAAGAAGAAAGGAAUUGGCUCCGUCUCCGUCGUAGCGAAGGGGUGUAGAGGGCGAUCAAGGCAGAAGGCGGAGCUCUGUUUGAAGCAGCAGCUCGAGUUUUCGCAGUCCCACAAUCUGGACUGCAUUCCAACUCCGCUCGAGACCAUGAAAGAGUCCGAUGUGCAAAUGAUGCUGGCUGCCGAUGUGCAUCUCGGCACCAAGAACUGCGAUUUCCAGAUGGAGCGAUACGUCUGGAAGCGCCGCUCCGAUGGCAUUUUUAUUAUCAACGUUGGCAAGACCUACGAGAAGCUUGAGCUUGCUGCGAGGGUGAUUGCGGCCAUCGAGAACCCGCAGGACAUUAUCGUGCAGUCGGCUCGGCCUUAUGGUCAGCGAGCGGUGCUGAAGUUUGCGCAGUACACGGGUUGCCAGGCCAUUGCUGGGAGACACACCCCCGGAACUUUCACCAAUCAGCUGCAGAACACCUUCAGCGAGCCCAGGCUUCUAAUUUUGACGGAUCCUCGAACUGAUCACCAGCCAAUCAUGGAGGCUGCUCUGGGAAACAUUCCCGUCAUCGCAUUCUGUGACACGGACUCUCCGAUGAAGUACGUGGACAUUGCUAUCCCUGCGAACAACAAGGGGAAGCACAGCAUUGGUGCCCUGUUCUGGUUGCUGGCUCGCAUGGUUUUGCAAAUGCGAGGAACGAUCAGCGCGGCCAAGCCAUGGGAUGUGAUGGUGGACCUCUUCUUUUACAGAGAGCCCGAUGAAGGCAAGGACCGCGAUGAGGAGGAGGCAGGAGCCGCUGAGUUCGCUGCCGUGGAGUACCCAGCCCCGGCGCUGGGUAUGGUAGGCGACGCACAGUGGGGACCUGAGGCUGCUGAAGCCGGUCAAUGGGAAGCGGACGCAAGUGCCGUGGCCACAGGUGCUGUUCCGGCUGGAGUUCCAGCUGUGGAAUGGACAGGCGCGGCAGUUCCCGCUGGCGCCGGCUGGGAUGUGGGAGCUGCUCCUGCUGCCGCCCCUCCGGCGGGAUGGGAGACGGCUGCACCCGCAGCACCUGCCGGCUGGGAGCCCGCGCCCCAGUGAUGGGAUCUGAGGUGGAAGUUAGGAUGACCUGAGGAAUGUGCAAGUCUCAGUAACUGGACUCACCUUACUUAUGAACGAGCAUUAGCGUAGGCAGCGGCUUGGGAAUGUGAAAUUUAAGUUUUAACGACUAUUCAUGUACGAAGCAACAUUUCGUGUGAGUUAGAGAGCAGUAUGUUGACGAGGUUGUUUUUCUGGGAUCAGUGGAGUAGCACGUUCGUUGUUCGCUUGAUUGAGCCCCGGGUGAUGCUUGCCGAGUUUUCUAUACAAGUUCUGAGAUACAUUAAGAUAUCACUUCAGAAAUUAUGGCAGUUGUAGGAGUUUUUGUCGAUUUGGAGUUGUGUAAUGGGUUCCAUUGUAAUUGGUUUUGUUUGGUCACUUA